AUGGUGAAGCACAUAUUUGGAGCGACAUCAUCACCAAGUGUGGUGAACCUCUGUUUGAAGAAAACAGCAAUGAUGGGGGAACAGCAGGAUUCAGGAAUUGCAAAUUUUAUCGACAGGAAUAUGUACGUUGACGAUCUCAUGAAGUCGACUGAAACAGCAGAGGAUGCUAUUUCAUUGGCAAAAGAAAUUAGUAAACAACUCAACAAAGGCGGUUUUCAUAUAACAAAAUGGUGCAGUAACGACAGAAGAGUCAUAGCUGCUGUACCAGAGUCAGAGAGAGCUACAACAGUGGUAAACUUGGAGCUGGAACAGCUACUAACGCAGAGUGCUCUGGGAAUGAGGCGGAAUAUUGAAGAAGAUAAAUUUGUGUGGGAAAUCUCGGAUAAACUUAUGAGUGCAACGUCCAAAUAA